UUGUUACAGCGCUUCACAUUGAGUCGGCUUGCCCCACUCCACAACACCCCACCAAAGAGAAUUUCGACCUCAAAAUAAAAGAAGCUUUAUCCGGUUUGCCACACCCACCGGAACUGACACCCUGGUCGAGUUACGGUGAUAGUCAACUGGCAUCACCAACCUCUGCCGUCGCGCAAAUCCCUCUAGGUCUUAUUCGCUCUAAAUAGACCCGAGUCGCCAUGGCGGAACCCCUCCCGGGCACUUCUGCCCUCGUCGACCUGAUCAAUUCGCUGCCUGAUCCCGACGGCACAUGGGGCCCUCCUAUCACCAACGAGACCACUCUCAAUGGCGUCCCUUACGCUCCGUACUCCAAGAGCGAUAAGCUGGGCCGCAUGGCCGACUGGACUGACGCCAAGGACGGCAGGGACGGCCGUAGCAGGCAACAAUACAACAGAAGUUAUCGCGACCAGCAAGUCUACGGUGCCGGUUCCGCAUCUCUCUUUGCCGCGCCGGCGGCCGAGGAUGAGGCCUCGUUCUCCGUCGUUUCCAACGUGCGCGACAGCGGCAAGGCCCGCUUCGGGCGGGGCGCCGUCUUCACCCGCGGGCGUACCCAGCGCGGACGCGGCGGUCAGGAUGCCAGAGGCGGCGGGCGCCAGCAAUUCCAGCGCGCCGGUCGGGCCGGCCAGCAGUACGGCGGCUACGAUAGCCGCAGCGGGGCACGGGGCGGUGGAGCUCGCGGGCGCCGCUUCGGCUGGAAGGACUACGACAAGCCGCAGCGCAACCGUGACGCUUCGAUCAACAUCCGGCCCGACUGGAAGCUCCUUGAAGAGAUCGACUUCAACCGCCUCAGCAAGCUCAACCUGGAGGCUGACGAGGGCGAAGACAUCGACAGCUACGGCUUCCUAUACUAUUAUGACAAGUCGUAUGAUAAGCCGGCUGUCAAGAGCGCCGAACGCAAGCUGGCGGUCGUGGAUCGUGCCGUGUACAACGUGACGACGACGUCGGAUCCCAUCAUUCAAGAGCUCGCCGAGAAGGAUGAGGCUACCAUCUUCGCCACGGAUAGCAUCCUGUCGAUGCUCAUGUGCGCCCCGCGGUCUGUCUACCCCUGGGAUAUCAUCAUUGUGCGGCAAGGCAACAAGGUGUUCCUGGACAAGCGCGAUAACGCGGCGCUCGACAUGGUCACCGUUAACGAGAACGCUGCCGACGCCCCGCUCGAGGCCUCGGAGGGCUCCAAGGAUGCCAUCAACCAACCCGGUGCGCUUGCGGAGGAGGCCACUUACAUCAACCACAACUUUGCCAACCAGGUUGUGAUUGAGAACGAAAACCAAAAGGUCGAAAUGGCGCACGAGAAUCCGUUCUACAGCGCGUCGGAAGAGACGGAGCCGCCUGCGUCCAAGGCUUACAAGUACCGGCGGUUUGACCUCUCGACCAGCGAAGAGGACCCGACGUACCUCAUCGUGCGCACGGAGCUGGACGCCGUCCAGAAGAACGCCACCAAUGGCGAGGACCAGUUCAUCACUGUCCACGCCCUGAACGAGUUCGACAACAAGGCGCAGGGAAGCGGUGGCGCUCUCGACUGGCGCUCCAAGCUCGUGUCGCAGCGCGGCGCCGUCGUUGCGACCGAGAUGAAGAACAACAGCUGCAAGCUGGCUCGGUGGACCGUGCAGAGCAUUCUGGCCAAGGCGGACGUCAUGAAGCUUGGUUUUGUCUCGCGCGCGACCCCCAAGGCGAACGAUAAGCACGUCGUCCUUGGCGUCAUAGGAUGGAAGCCUAAGGACUUUGCCAACCAGAUGAACCUGCAGCUGUCCAACGGCUGGGGUAUUGUGCGCACUAUUGCCGACAUGUGCCUGCAGCGCGAGGAGGGCAAGUACGCCCUCGUCAAGGAUCCCAACAAGAGCAUACUGCGCCUGUAUGAAGUUCCUGCCGGCGGGCUGGACGAUGAAGAAGAGGGUUCCGAGGCCGGUUCGGCGAGUGCUGAAGAGGAAUAAAUGAGGCUCUAGUACGGAUACCUGGUUUGCCGAUUUGGCAAAUUAUCGCCAAGCCGGUCGUAAAACGGAUGAUUAACAUGAGAUUGGAGUGUUCGCAAGUCCGUAGAUCCGGACGUGCCCAGCGGAACAUCGAAUUUAUACAAAAAGAGGAAGCGUUGCACGUCUUUCCACUUUCCGUU